GCAAAGGAUAAAAUCCUUAACAUGGCCAACCCUAGCCCUUUCCCUACUUCCAUAUCAUCCCUCCAUUUUCCAUCUUCUGCUCAUCAAAGUAUCUCCCAAGUCCUUUCCUCGCUUCGCAAGUCCGCGCUGUCAAUCACCAACAGGCUACGGUCCAUUGAGGAAGAUUCAGAGUUUGCCGAACACGUUGCGGAUCACUAUGGUUUACCGCUCGUCGCCAAUGAGAGAUGCGGUAGCUGGUAUAUCCCCACAGACAGGAAGGCUGGAAGUGCCUAUUUCAAGAGCACUGAUGGCCACGAAGGGCAGUGGGAUUUCAGUUUGCGCAGGCUAAACUUACAGUUACUAGAUAUUCUAAGGGAGAAUGGAGGGUGUGUUAUCGUGGACUCCACCAGAAGAGGCAAAUCUAUGCCCGAUGCACUAUCCAAAACAGUUCCUAUAUGGACCGCUGUCUUGAAUAGGGCCCUUUUCCCGGAUGAAAAAACGUUUCACGACGUCCAAUUCCCUCCAGGCUUCCUGGGUGCUUCUGAAGAGUCACAGAUUGAAAAGCGAAUUGACGGUUUUGUUAUUUCACUAAAUUCCCUCAAACUCAACAUGCAAGGACUACAAUCACGCCUCGGCAAGCCCAUAAGACUUACCUGGGCUACGAGAGAAUUGCUUUGGCCCGAAUAUACUGAGAAAGAAAUGGAUGCUUUCCACCUCAUCGUUCUUUGCUCUGCCUCGAAACGCGUUCAGGGGGCGGAGAUGUCUGAGGGCGGCUAUAUCCAGGGAGCCGGAGAUGAUAGUGAGGCGUGGUCCUGCGGCCUUACUCCGAAAAUCUUUUGGGACAAUAGAUCUACCCUGUUCGCUACUGGAGAGGAAGACUUACCGGCUGUGAUUGAUGAAUUAAUCGGGAAGCAUCAUCGGGAGAUGGGAAAUGAAGAUGCCAUAUUAAUACGGCCUACCAAUAAUAUCUAUAUUGGGAGAAGUGGCCGAGGGAGCAACUCGGAGCCAGCUGGUGUGGGAAUAAAUGAGGAAAGACUAUUCGAUUUACGGAUUUCUUGCAAUGCGCCAGACGCAGGAGAUACGGAUACAUCAUUAACCGAGCCUACCACAGAGGAAGAUGCGAAAGCCUUGAACCUUGGGUGCCCUUCAGGGAAACUUGGGAGCCGGCAGCUACGAAAGGUUCUCAACAAGGUUGAACAGUUUGUUGCUUUGCAUUUAUCUCGUGAUCCUUCACAGUCAUUGAUUGUGACAUGCGAUAAUGGCAAGGACCUGUCUGCCGGUGCAAUUCUCAUGAUAAUCUGCCUGUUUUAUAACGAGGAAGGGAACUUUGAAGGACCUCGGCGAGGUGCUUUUAUUAACAAAGAAUAUAUUCGACAACGCCUCGCUUGGGUGAUAUCGUCCAAGCAUGAUGUGAACCCCUCACGGUCAACCUUGCAGUCGGUCCACGCAUUCCUCAUGAAGAGGCCCUGA